GCUGGGUCGACCAGACUGUGCCACGUUCAACGAACUAGUUCAAAUCCCAUGCUGCCCCAAAAGGCAAUUCCCCACCUCGAAGGACGUACGGGGAGCGGACCUCAAAGAGUGUCGAAGCUGGCGUUAACGUCCACCACGUAUCGAUACGUGUUACGCAGUUUACCGUGACAGUUUCUUUCGCAAUGCGGCAAGUAUCUCGUGAUACGCGCUCUUCUAAUCAUGUCGUGUCAUGCCGGGUAUCAUUUUCUGCAACGAGGCUGCUUGGUCUAGUACACUCCAACAUGUGUCUACAUCAUGGCGUGUCACCGAGCUCGAGGACAUAUAGUGUGUCAGUACUUUAGUGCCGGCACAUGGGGAUCAUUGCGCCGAGUCCCGAACUCUUCCACGUGACUAUCAUGGGAUGGAUAACAUGGAAAGAAGAAUAGAUUAUGUGGUCUUUGACAUGGAUGGCCUUCUCAUCGACACGGAGAGAGUAUAUACCGAAGUCACCAAUGAUAUCCUCGGUCGCUACGGCAAGAUCAUGACAUGGGACAUUAAGGCACAGCUCAUGGGAAAACCACGAAUUGAAUCUGUGACACACCUGCUUUCUUUGUUUCCCGGCAUCGACAUCACCAUCGACCAGUACCUCACAGAGUCCCAAGAAAAGCAAGAUGCGAACUGGCCAACCGUGCAGCUCCUUCCGGGAGUACAGAGGUUAAUCCAGCACCUCGUGAAACACAACGUGCCAAUCGUAGUCGCCACUGCUUCCUCACGACGGAACUUUGUCCGCAAGUCUGAGAAUCUCAAAGAAUUCUUUGAUUACUUUCGAGGCAACAUCGUCUGUGCUGAUGAUGUAGCAGGCAAGACUACGGGGAAGCCUGACCCGUAUAUUUUCCUGCACGCUGCAGGUGUUCUAGGCAAGGCAGUAGGCGCUACGGAGCAGUGCACAGAGGCUGAGGCUGUGGAAAGGGGCAAAGGACUCGUUUUUGAAGACGCCGUUUAUGGUGUCCAAGCUGGGAAAAGAGCCGGAAUGUCAGUUGUCUGGGUACCUGACGAACGCCUUUUGGACGUUGCCAGUCCCAGCCCACACGUCCCAGAUGAGACGCUUACGUCCAUCGAGCAUUUCAAGCCGGAGAAGUGGGGCCUUCCACCUUACGACACCGAAUGACGUUAUUGAUUAUUAGCUUUUCGGCGUGAGCCGUUCCAUAAUAACCCAAGGUGUACAAGGACGUCAUUUCCAUUUCAACUUGAUUUACAAAUAGA